AUGUUGAAUAAUUUCAUUAUAAUCAUAAAUGAAAAUGAAGUAUUUCUUUUAAAUAAAGGAAAUAUGACAAUCGAUAAAGUUCGUUCAAUUCCAUGGCAACAAUGGUUUUCUUGUACAUGUUCUGAUACUUCUCUAUAUUUAUCAACAAAAUAUUUUUUUAAAAGAUGGUCAUCUCCUGAUUUAUGUACAAAUGAUGAGGCAAUUGAUGGUAUUGUUUAUAAUGAUAAUAAACUUGCUUUAAUGAUUAGUAAUGAUGCAAAAAAAAUUUUACGUAUUGAAUUAAGAUCUGCUACAACAUUUGAUCGUAUUUUGUCACUUCUACUUGAUAUUGUUUAUAAUGAGAAACAAGCAUAUCGAUUUUGUUCAAUUAAUCAUAAUGAAUAG